GCAUUUGCUUUGUUUUCACGACGAUGUUGCAGUUUACAUUUGCCCGUGACGCAGAUAGCUUGGCGAAAUGUUGAUAUUAAAAAGCGGCAAUGCUGCAAGUUUUUCGAAAAAUUCAAUUUUAAGAGUGAAUUUAAUCUCUUAUAAAAUACGAAAUAAAUUUCUGUCUCUGCCGGGUGCAUUGCAGUUUGUCUUCACGGCAACGCGAACGUGUUCAACUUUAUCGGAUGAAUGGAAAGAUGCUAAAGCUUUCGAAGACAUCCCAAAAAUUGGCGCUUGGAAACUAUUACGAAAUUUUCUUCCUGGCGGCAAAUAUAGAAAUCUUGAUUCAGCCCAGUUGAUGUUGGCAUUCAAGGAGGAUUUGGGUCCAAUUGGUCUGGUCAAAGGUGUAUUUGGCAAAGCAGAUGCGGUACUCUGCCACAGUCCUCAGGAUUUUGAAAAAGUCUAUCGCAAUGAAGGCGUGUGGCCAACAAGACCCGGCAUGACGGUGUUAUACCAUUAUCGUAAUGUUUUACGUCCAGAGAUUUUUCAAGGCGUCGAAGGAUUGUCGGGAACGCAGGGAGAGAAAUGGGGAAAUUUUAGAACAGUUGUCAAUCCCAUAUUGAUGCAACCAAGGAAUGUUCGUGUCUAUUUUCAUAAAAUGUCCCAGGUCAAUAGAGAAUUUAUUGAAAGAAUUCAACAAAUUCGCGAUCCUCAAACCCAUGAGGUUCCUGAAAAUUUCGAAGAAGAAAUUAAUCGUUGGACCUUAGAAUCGGUAUCAGUUGUGGCAUUGGACAAACAGCUGGGUCUGAUAAGCAAGCACCGUGAUAAUCCACAAGCCAAACUUCUAUUCAAAUCGUUGACUGAAAUGUUUGUCUAUUCAAUGGACUUGGAAAUAAAACCGUCGAUUUGGAAAUAUUACACAACACCAACAAUGAAAAAGGCAGUGCGAUCUUUGGAUCAAAUUACAGAGAUAACAAAAGCGUAUAUUGAAGAGGCUAUUGCACGCAUUGAAAAUGAAUCGCAAAACGAUCUAUCGAACAAAUCAUCUGAAAGAGAGAAAAGUGUUUUGGAAAAAUUGAUAAAUGUUGAUAAACAAACCGCCAUGGUAAUGGCAAUGGAUAUGUUGAUGGCCGGCGUGGAUACGACUACCUCAACAUUUACCGGCCUCCUGCUAUGUCUGGCAAAGAAUCCCGACAAACAAGAAAAACUGCGCAAAGAAGUAUGCAAGUUAUUACCCCACAAAAAUUCAGAAUUCAAUGAAGCUGUAUUUAAAAAUAUGCCAUAUUUAAAGGCUUGCAUUAAAGAAUCCCUGCGCAUGUAUCCAUUGACAUUGGGUAACACCAGAGUACCAGUUAAUGACAUUGUGUUGAGCGGCUACAGAGUACCCAGGGGAACACAAGUCCUUAUGAUAUCAACUUCACUGAUGAGAGAUGAAAACCAUUAUCCACGUGCCAACGAAUUUCUACCCGAACGUUGGUUGAGGCCAACCGAAGCAGGAAGUCAUGGUGAAUGUCCAAAUUUUCUGAAGCCCAGCAGCCCUUUUAUUUAUUUGCCUUUCGGAUUUGGUUCGCGUAGUUUUAUUGGCCGUCGUAUUGUUGAAAUGGAACUAGAAAUGGGCAUUGCACGUUUAAUACGGAACUUUUAUGUAGAUUUUAAAUAUCCCGUGGACAAUGCCUUUAGAUGUGUUUUGAUAAAUGUUCCGAAUAUUCCAUUGAAAUUUCAAUUUACAGAUGUCGAGAAUUAGCAAGAAAUUUUGUAAAAUUGUAUAAAACUAAUUUAUUUGUAAGUAAUAAAAUAUUACGAAUUAAGACAGAGCAAAGAUCUGUUGUUCGGGAGACCAACA